AGCUUCAUUUAUCGUAUUAUUUUUGUAUAAUUAUUUAUGAACUUGUUGCACAAGUACACUUCCGGUUGUAAAUAAAAACACGAGAAGAGCACCGGCCAAAUUUUGUUUUAUUUUGAACGAAUAAGCAAGAUAUUUUGAAGCAAUAAAAGAUGGAUGGUGACCUCUAUGAUGAGUUUGGUAACUAUGUUGGGCCAGAACUUGACAGCGAUGAUGAUGACAGUGAUGACUCCGGGGAAGACGAAGAUGCUGAGAAAUACCCGGACUACGCUGGCGCUGAUGACGAGGAAGAUAUGGAACAGGACGAUGAUGAAGGCGGGGACAUGCAAGUGGUGUUACACGAGGACAAGAAGUAUUACCCGACCCCAGAGGAAGUUUAUGGCCCUGAGGUAGAAACUAUUGUACAAGAAGAGGACACCCAGCCGCUGACCGAGCCUAUAAUAGCCCCAGUGAAGAAGAAAAAGUUCUCCAUGGCUGAACAGGACCUACCAGACACAGUUUACAACAUGGAAUUUCUCGCUGACCUAAUGGACACUCCAGAGUUAAUCCGUAACGUCACUCUGUGCGGACACCUUCACCACGGGAAAACCAGCUUUGUUGACUGCCUCAUGUCCCAGACACAUCCUGAACUCGAGGUUAAAGACGACCGUGACAUUCGAUACACUGACACAUUGUUUACGGAGCAGGAACGCGGAGUUAGCAUCAAGUCUACGCCAGUUACACUCGUUCUCCCCGACACACGAAACAAGUCCUUCUUGCUUAACGUCUUCGAUACUCCAGGUCAUGUCAACUUCUCAGAUGAGGUGACGGCUGCACUCAGAAUCAGUGAUGGAGCUGUUAUAUUUGUUGAUGCUGCAGAUGGGGUGAUGUUGAACACAGAGAGGUUUAUCAAGCACGCGAUACAGGAGAAGCUUCCGGUAUGUGUGUGUAUCAACAAGAUCGAUCGCCUCAUUCUGGAGCUGAAACUGCCGCCCGCGGACGCGUACUUCAAGUUGAGAAACAUUCUCGAUGAGGUCAAUGGAAUUAUCAGUCUCUACUCAGAAGACACAGAGCCGCAGCAAGUAUCGCCACUGAAUGGGAAUGUGUGUUUUGCGAGCGCCUACUACCGGGUCUGCUUCUCACUGGGAUCGUUCAGUCGUAUAUACGCUGACACGUAUGGCGGGAUUAACGAUAAAGAGUUUGCUCGGAGACUGUGGGGCGAUAUGUACUUUCAUAGCAAGACGAGGAAAUUCAGCAAAAAGCCUCCAAAUUCCACAGCACCGAGAAGUUUUGUUGAGUUUAUACUGGAGCCCCUCUACAAGAUAUUUGCUCAGAUUGUUGGAGAUGUUGAUGAGAGCCUUCCCCGAGUCUGUGAUGAGCUGGGAAUCUCGCUCACCAGUGAGGAGAAGAAGCUCAACAUCCGGCCGCUUCUACGCAUCAUCUGUAGACGAUUCUUCGGAGACUUUACAGGUUUUGUGGACAUGUGUGUGGAGCAUAUCAAGUCACCGCUGGCAAAUGCCCGACGGAAGAUUGAGCACAUCUACACAGGACCGAUGGAGUCGGAUCUGGUUGAUAUGAUGGUUCAGUGUGACUCUGAUGGUCCUCUGAUGGUCCACACCACCAAACUCUACCCGACCCCGGACGCCACCAGCUUUCACGUGUUUGGGCGUGUGGUUAGUGGCACACUGUACUCAAACCAAGAAGUGAAGAUUCUUGGAGAAAACUACACAAUACAGGACGAAGAGGAUUCGAGAUUCGGCCAGGUCGGCAGGCUGUGGAUUUCAGAAGCCAGGUACAAGGUGGAAGUUAACCGUGUGCCCGCUGGUAACUGGGUGUUGAUUGAAGGUAUAGAUCAGCCUAUAGUGAAGACAGCCACCAUCACUGACACUACAGCCCCGGAAGAGGUACACAUAUUCCGGCCGCUGAAGUUCAACACAAACUCUGUGAUCAAGAUCGCAGUGGAGCCGGUGAACCCUUCAGAACUUCCCAAGAUGUUGGACGGGCUGAGAAAGGUCAACAAGAGCUACCCUCUCAUUACAACCAAGGUUGAGGAGUCAGGAGAACACAUUAUCCUGGGCACAGGAGAGUUGUACCUUGACUGUGUGAUGCAUGACCUCCGCAAGAUGUACUCUGAGAUUGACAUUAAGGUGGCAGACCCCGUCGUGUCCUUCUGCGAGACUGUUGUGGAAACAUCUUCUCUCAAGUGCUUCGCCGAAACUCCAAACAAAAAGAACAAGUUGACCAUGAUUGCAGAACCACUGGAGAAAGGCUUAGCUGAGGACAUAGAGAAUGAAAUUGUUCAGAUAACAUGGCCCAGAAAACGGCUCGGAGAGUUUUUCCAGACCAAAUAUGACUGGGAUUUGCUGGCUGCGAGAUCUAUAUGGGCAUUCGGGCCUGAUUCUACUGGCCCUAAUAUUCUUGUGGAUGAUACAUUGCCAUCUGAAGUGGACAAGAGCCUGCUAGGAGCCGUCAAGGACAGCAUUGUGCAGGGAUUCCAGUGGGCAACAAGAGAGGGACCAUUGUGUGACGAACCGAUCCGGAAUGUGAAGUUCAAGAUUCUGGAUGCAGUCAUUGCCCAGGAGCCGAUACAUCGAGGUGGAGGUCAGAUCAUCCCGACAGCCCGACGUGUGGCAUACUCCGCAUUCCUUAUGGCUACACCCAGGAUGAUGGAACCGUACUACUUUGUGGAGGUCGUCGCCCCUGCUGACUGUGUAUCUGCUGUCUACACUGUACUGGCCAGGAGAAGAGGUCAUGUGACCCAAGAUUCUCCUGUCGCCGGUUCACCAUUGUACACCAUUAAAGCCUUCCUACCGGCAAUUGACUCGUUUGGCUUUGAGACGGAUCUCCGCACACACACACAAGGCCAGGCAUUCUGCCUCUCUGUAUUCCACCACUGGCAGAUCGUUCCGGGCGAUCCGCUGGACAAGAGUAUCCACAUUCGUCCCCUUGAGGCUCAACCUGCCACUCAUUUAGCUCGGGAGUUUAUGGUGAAGACUCGUAGAAGGAAGGGUCUGAGCGAGGAUGUGAGUAUCAACAAGUUCUUCGACGAUCCUAUGUUGUUGGAAUUGGCGAAACAAGAUGUGCUUCUCAGCUACCCUAUGUAGGAACCUUUUUAGGGUCCCAGAGACAUUUUUAGAAGCCUAGGUUCGUUUAGGGACCAUUCCAGGAGCCAAGUCUAUCCUGGACAUUUAUGUCUGCUCAUGAUAAUUUUGGUGCCCAGGAAGCAGUGUUUAUGUCCAUUUUUGAGGCAUGACAGGGAAAAUAGUUUAUGGGCCUAUGGAUGUGAUGUAUGGGCUCCUUCAUGACACUGACAUAAUUGACAGUGUUCAGAUGAGAACAUGUGGUGUGUUUUGUAAACAAAUCAUGGAUAUGAAUAUUUUUGCAGCACAGGGAUUGUGUUUUGUUGUAAACUGUACAGAAUAAGACUAUUGUUCAUUCCCUCGUAAUGUGCUAUGAUCUGAUGAUUUACUACAGGAAAUGACUGGAUAUUUUUAAUCGUAUUAGAAAUGAAAAAAAUAAAUAUUGAGAAUUUAAGUAAAGUUAGUGAUAUAAACUGAUUUGAGAUGAUUUGGUAGUUCUGAGAUAUUGUUAAGAAUUAAGAUAUGAAUCUGCUUACAUGUUUUCAAUCAUGUCAUACAUUAUGGAAAAUAAAACAAUCC